AUGUUUCUCCCCACCGCCCUCCAAUUCCUCCACUACCUCCGCCUCCUCUCCCCUCCCCCUCCCUCCCCCUCCCCCUCCACCACCGCCGCCGCACCGCUGUCACCACCGCCGCCGCAAUCACUCACCUGCCCCCACACCCUCAUAGUCACCCGCACGGAGUGGUACACCCAUGCGUACGCGGCCACGAGCCCGGCGGAGCAGGUUGUUAUCUUCGAUAUGGAGGUGGUGGAGGUGCCUAUGCGGCUGAAGAAGGUUCAAGUACAGAUAGAAGAAGGUGCGGAGGCUGUAGUCGUUGAAGAGUUAGUUGAAGGGCGGGUGUAG